GGGAGCGGCCGGGACCAGGAGCGGGCGGCGCCGGCAGCCGCGGGCGGCGGAGUUCCAGGACUUUCGCAUCAAAACAGGAGAUAUGAAGCACUGUGGCCUGUGAUAUUUAUUUUUGCUGUUUUCACCACUGGAGGAUGGCUGACAGACUCUGUGAAAAUGGUUCUGGUCAGUACCACUGCACCCACACCAGCCAACCUCUUGAAAUCAGCUACAUGUUGGUCCUGAUUAUAUUUGGAAAAGUCUUCCUUGAUUUCUUCAUGUUGCAAAUUAAGCCAAAACCUGUGAAAGUCAGUUUUAUGGGAUAUUUCUGCAUUUCAGUGGCACUUCUUGAUUUUGCACUGCUGCUGAGUAUCUGUUUCAUUUUCUGUUUUGAGGACUUUGCACUGUGGGGCGUGCGAUUCACAGAGUACCACAUCUGCCUCUUCACUCAGAUCACUUCUCUGACCUACGGGAUUUUGCCUUACCCAGUGUAUCUUGUGGCUGCUCUGGAUUAUUACACCACCGUCCCCCAAACAUCCCGAUUCCCUAAAACAGGUCGGAAGUUACUUUAUGUAUUUGCUGUGGUGCUUAUAUGGAUUUCCAGGUUUUUUUGCACUCUCCAAGUUCCCGCUGUCUCUGAAGAGCUGGAAAUGCAGAACAGCGUUUCCCCUUCGCAGUGCCCUCUCUCCGGCAGCCUGCAGAGCUACUGGGUGUCGUGUGCCAUGGUGCUGCUGCUGGCCACGGCUCUCCUGGCUCGCUGGAAGGAGGUGACAGCCAUGCUGCUGUCUGCCAGGCUCCUCUCCUUUUCCAGCCAGCCUGUGCUGCUGUUCCCCUACGUGCCUAACAACAACAACACUCGCUUCAAGUGGCAGCUCCUGAGCAGGCUCCUCCUGUGUUUCCUUGGCACUUGGGCGCCGUUUGUUGUUCUCCAGGUGGUGGUUCUGCUCCUGGGUGUGCAGAUCCCAGCCUAUGUGGAGAUGAACGUGCCCUGGCUGUACUUCAUCAACAGCUUUCUCCUGGCAGCAGCCUACUGGUGCCGGUGCCACCAAGUGGAGCUGACAGAGGAAGGGUGGUGCACAGACCCCUUUGUCAGCUGGAAAUUCUGCUUUAUGCCGUUCAACAAUGAAAGCACAGAGCCAGCUGAUAAGCCAGGCCCAGUAAUCGUCAACUGUUAAUGAGCUGCAGACGGAAAAGGCUGCAAAGAACUCCGAUGUUGGCUGGCUGGGUCCUUACAGACAAUACAAGGAAACAUCUCCAGAGGUUCACUCCGUGGAAAUAAGUGCAGUGUCCAGCAAUACUUCAGUGGAUAUUGCACUGCAGUUCAGGACACCGAGUCCCAGUGGGCAGCAAGCACUGCCACGCCAGGGAAUUCAACUCCAAAUUACAUGUUUAAAAAACCACUGCUUAUAUAGGACAAGUUUUCAGUUCAACUUCGUGUUUCUGACUAGAAUUCUACAGUUCCUUUAACUGGAAUUAUCUCAGGUUUUACAGUACAAAAUGCAAUAAAGUCUUCAAGGCUGGAGUUACAUACAGAAGCUGACCUAAGUGUGAAAAACGAGGUUCAGUCUCCUGUUAAAUUUUAAAAGGUUUAAUAAAGACAAUGAGAGACAGAAAAUAAAGCAGAGUAAUGGCUGUGUGCCUUGGCACUCUGCCAAGAGCGUACCUGGUAUCCUGGGAACACUCCUUUUAUAUCAUUUUGCUGUAAUGGUUAAAUGCAUAUUCAAACUUUUCCAAGAACUAUUUUGCAUGGCUACUCCUUGGGUCUGCCUGUUUAGAGCAUGCACUUUUCAGGUUUAAUUUCCCUUUUAUCAUUCUUUUAUUUGGGCUGGGGUUCUUUCUUCCACAGGCAGUAAGUGUUGACAGCACCCUUGGCCCCAUCAUCUGUUUACUGGAGGUUAUCUUGCUUUGCUCAGGCAGGACUAACCCAAACAUCCAAAAUUCUUCUGGAACUUCUUCUGGAAUUCUUCUAAAUUUUAGCUAAUAGGAGGAGAAAAAGAAAAAGACAUAGCAAAAGCUAUCUAACAUAAUACACAUAAACAUUCAUAUUAAUACUUGUGAAAAGUCAGUAUCACACUAUGUAUUUAUAAGGUUCAAAUGACUUUUUGAAGUGCAUUUUGUUGUUAAAAUGUGGGUUUUUGUCAGCUUGAUGGAAAGGUUACUGUCUGUUUAACAAGAAAUAACUUGUUUUAGUUAAAGAUACAACUCCUACAGAAAUAGAAACUUUAUAUAGUACAAAACCAGUGCAAAAGCAGUGCAAGAUGUGCAAUUUCCACAGCCACAGGAGAGGUGCUGCUUCAUUGCUUCUUUUCUGCUGCUCCUCUAAGGUACAUGAACAUAUUAAAAUCAAAAUAAUUAGAGCAACAAGCAUCAAGGUUAGCUGGUAUACAUAAAUAAAUGUCCAAGGUUAAAGAAUGAUUUAAAUUAAAAUAUAGCUUAUUUUGAAGACAAAAUUACUUUAAAAUAGUUAAAUACAAAGUGGGACUAUUUUAGCAGGGAAAAAAUUAGUCAGGCUUCUAGCAAAAAUACUCUCAAUUUUCAAAUUCUUGAAAUUUGAUUUUGUGUAAGAGAAAUAAAUUAUACACGACCAAAGCAGACAAAUGAAAUUAGCAUUUAUUUCUGAAGCACUAAACUCACAAUACAAUGUUGUAUUGAAAGAGAAACUAAGUGAUGCUGUAGGUUGGUUAAUUGUCCCCCAGACCCACAGGGAACAAUGAUUUCACACAAGAAUACUCAUUAAGAAAACUCUGCAGAUAACAAAAGGUGCAAUUACAAGCAAGUUUAAGCAGCAUAGUAUAAGGUGCUUUGUUUCAGCAUUUGAAGGAUGGAUUUACCCAUUAACAGACAGAUCAAAGAAAUGUCACUUUUACAGAUCAUAACAAAUGAGAGAAUCUAAAAUUCAUUCACAUGCUUGUUGGUAAUAGGAAAGUGCUUCUUAAAAAAAUGAUUCACAAAGUAAAGAUUAUACUUUUACAUAGUUCAUUGUGUGCUCUUCAACUGUAAAAUUUAAAUUUUGGGUAAUAAUUUACUUUAUUAUAUAUCAAUUAUAGAGAUAGAUUUAAUUGCAGAAUUUAAUACUACAUGGGUUAAAUUUUCUUAUAAAAGAAUAUUCCAGUAUUUCACUCAAUAAGAAUACACAAUCACAUCUCAAUCAUAAAUUAAUCUUUGAUUUCUGAAACAUAUCAAAAUCUGAUUAUUUUGAUUUAUUACUUCACCCCACAUAGUGCUUCUUUUACCCACAGUCUGUGGUAAAUUUCUUUGAGGUUUCUGUGAUGUAAUCAAAAGGGGACAAGCAUUUUUCAGCAGUAAAAAUGAUUUUGGGGGAAAAUCUGUUUAAAAGGCCAUCAAAAGGAUAGUAAAUGAUCGAAAACUGAAUUUUAAAACUAGUGCAAUAAGAGGAGGCAAUGCUUAGCAACAUUGUUUGAAGUGUUUUGGCACCACAAAUUAUUUCAUUUUUUAUGCAGGAAAAUGUACUUGGGGGAAAUUCUCUUUCCAUGUUAAAAGUAGGAAAGCACAUGCAAUGUUAACUGGAAAAACAACCCUAAGCAAUCGCUCCCUGCUCUCUCAAACUAAUUGCUGUUAACUAGAGCUGGAGAUGCUGUAGGAUAAACCAUGGCUAAACACAGGGUUUUGACACAACAUUUCUUCAGGUUUUAUAGAAACUGGACACCCACUGAAAUGGGGCUGACAAAAUAUUUACAAAACCUAAUUCCAUUUAAAAAUCAGCAAAUACAUCAAAUAUAAGAAUGCACCAGGCAUUUCAGAAUCAUGAAAUAACUAAUCCCUACAGACUCGGCAGGCAGGGGGAAAUUCCUCUUUUAAACAGCAGAUGAAGGCAAAGCUAUUUUCAAGUUCAUUUCAGGUGUGUUUUGCAUGGUAAGUCUCACCCUUCUGAAUCACUAACAUGCACAGAACUGGAACUGCAACCAGUUGGGUGAGGCUGCUGACAUGUUUUAUUCAUCAGUGUGGUUCAGCUUCCCAAGCCCUAAUUAAAGUUUACACAACCCGGUCUGCCCUAACGUGCCAGAAUUCCUGUAGCUGCUGCAGUGCUCCUAAAGCCACUUGAAAUUUUUAACAUUUUUUAUAGGGAAUCCACAACAUGAAGCCAAAGCAAAUAUUAAUGGAUUGAUGUUACAUCACUGUAUCACUUGUCAAAUUUAUUCUUUCUUACUUUUUGUAGAAAAGUGCCAAAGAGCAUCAACUUUUAGGUUGUCACCUCCAUAGAGGAGGUAACAGUGGCACUGCAGGUCUCCUCCAACAUCCAACUGUGGUGCCUGAGCCUGCCAAGUGACUAUUUUAAAACAUAUUAAUGGUAACUCUCUUUGCAAGCCCACUUUUAUCCUUGGCAUUCAUGGAGAGAGACACCAGCUGUGCAGUGAUCUCCAUCCUACUGCCUUCCUAACAAUUGUAUCUUUUCCUCUGGGCAUUUGUUUUUUAACCUGGUGCUUCUGGGCAGUACCAACACUGGUACCUGGACCAUCCCUCUCUAGAACAGGGUGACAGUUUCACUGCCAAAGAGGACAGAAGCUGUGCCAGGAAGGUGGAAAUAUCUGAAAUAAAACAACUACAGAUAACCACUGCUACAUCUCCUCUGUACAUCACUUCUUGUGCUGUGCCAGCAACUAAUGGCCUUACACAAUUCAAACACCUUACAGUCCUAAAUUCUUGUAAGAUUAUUCGAUAUUAAUGCUAACAACAGCUGAAGUGUUAAUCCUUUAUGGGAGACUUCUGUACUUUUCUCAUUUAAAGAAUCUCUUACAAAUCAACAUUGACUUUAAUGAGAUAUUCUAUGUGUUUUCAACUCUAAACAGAGUAUUUGGCACUCAAUGAUAAAAUCUUUCUUUACACA